CUCAGGAUGACACAGCCCAGUACCGUACUGAGCAUUUUCGCCAUGUUCCUUCACACCACUUUUGGGGAAAGUGGUUGCACCUCAGCAGACGGUGACGGGACUCUUGGGGAUGAUGAACCAGACAAUUUUGACAUUGAUUGCUUCAGCCAGCUGGAAAUUAAGGACUCCUUGAGCAGCCUGACCUGCAAUUUCACCGAGCUGCCUCCUUACAACACUAACUACACCCUGUCUCUGUGUACCAAAGAAGAUAACAAUUACGCCUGCUCCAACAUGAAGAAACAAGAAGAUGUAUACUUCUUACAUUUCAUUGAUAUACUCUCAAACAGAGAUAUUUGCAUGUAUUCUGAGAUGAAGAGAAGGGUCUGCAGGAGUCUGGUUGUAACUGACAUUGUUAAGCCCGAAGUACCAUUCGCUAUAAACAUCACAUAUGAAAAGGAGGCAAAUGAAUAUCUUAUUCGUUAUUGUACACCACACUCAAGGAAGAAAUACUUAAAGGACAAAUUAGUACACCAGGUAGCCUAUCGGCAGAAAGAAGGUACUUGGGAGACAAAAGAAUCACCAUAUCUUCAGGUAAAACUGCUGGGGAAAAACCUUGAAAAUGGAGCAUCGUAUGAGGUGAAAGUACGUUCUCAGCCCAAUGGAGAUUAUUUUAAGGGCACAUGGAGUGAAUGGAGCACUUCCAAGAGCUUCAGGACAGCAAGAGAGCAGCACUCCGCAGAAAGCUAUAACAGUGUGGCCAUGGUUAUACUCUCCAUCCUGGGAUUCAUGCUGUCCGUUGUUGUAAUUGCACUGUUCAUAGUUUUUUGGGAAAACAGGAUCAAACCUGCUGUAUGGCCAAACCUUCCUGACCAUAAAAAAACGCUGGAGCAACUAUGCAAGAAGCCAAAAAACAAUUUUGAUAUAAGCUUUAACCCAGAGAGUUUUGGUUAUGUUCAUAUCCAUAAAGUGGACAGCCUUUGGGCAAAAGCUGAACUGGAAAAUUUUCUGCAGCCAUCAACUGCUUCAAAGACAAGCCUUCCAGAAAAAUUCAGGAGUGGAUCAGAACUGAAGAUGAUCCAUGUGAUGUCAGACAAAAACAACCUCAACCUGCCAGUGUCUGACAAAGGAGUCUGGCCAGCUGAAGCCCUGAACAGGCUCCUGGGCACCAGCCAGUUUGCAGUCACCGAGGGCAGCUGCAGCUCCAGCACAUAUGAAGUUUGCCACGGCAACAGGGUGCCCCUGCACAACGAUGGUUUCGACCUUUCCUCCACUUGUCCCCUUGAUCCUUCUGGCCAGCCCCAUGCAGAGCCUGUAAAUGAUGACACCAUAUCCCAGAUGCUGCCAAACAGUGACAUGAGAUCAACAAACAAUGAGGAAGCCUAUGUCACAAUGUCCAGCUUCUACAAAAUUCAGUAAAUCUCAUAAGAAUUACAGCAUGCAUUUUAUUUUCUCUAACACAAGCAGGGUACUGAAGCUUUCUGGUUUUGUUUUCCUGUAUCUUGGGAAUUCCCACAUCCCUCAUGCCCUCUGCUCAUGGUGCAAUGCUAUACCCACAGGGAAGUGGGUUCUCCCACAUUCCAGUGAGAAGUAUCCUAUCUCAGCAUUCAGUAUGCUGCUAGCAGUCUUUACUGCAGUAGAAACUAAAUUUAAUUCAACCUGAUUUUGAUCUUCAAAUCUGAUUAAUCCAGAGCAGUGGCAAUGCAGUCCCAGCUGAGGAUCACAGCAUAUCUCAUAGAAAUUAAUGAACUCUUUUGUUACCCUCUUGGUUACAGAGUUAAGCUCUUAUUAAUGUCUUAGCAAGAAAUAUGGCAAUGAAUUCCUUUUAAAUAGAACCCAAUCUUUUUUAAACACUGGUAGGUCAAGACUAAUUCCCCCCCCAGUUAGUCAAAAGACAGUAAAAAGACAAAAAACCAGUAAAUUAUAGUUGCUAUCAAGUACUAGGUGCCUGGGGAUUCAGGAGCUUGAGCACCACAAGAAGAAUUAGCAGAGUGCCCAAUAAAAAUGUUACAUGGGCCCACCUGUAAUCAGGAGAUGUUUCCUGAGAUGGAUUUAGGUUUUUGUUUGGGUUUUUUGUUUGGUGGGGUUUGGGGGUUUUUUUGAGACACGAACUAAAACAAAGCAAACCCUAAGUGCCACUACUUCUUGCUAUUGGCAAAGAUCUGCUCUUAAGCCAACUAUAGGAUCCACAGGUACUUCUGCUAAUACUUUUGAGGACUUCAAAAUUUCAUGUACCAACUAUGCAAAGUCCUUUCUCUUUCUAGAAGCUGAACUAAGUCUGUAAAUUGCAUGAUGCUGUCCUUUUCUGCAGCUCUUAUGCAAUUAUUAGUGUAGCAUUCCAGAGUGCUUUCCAUUCCAGAGGCUGGGCUGACCAUAUUUGUUUACUAGAAUUAUUCCCAAUGUGUGACUGCACACAAAUACUAUGAAUUUGGACAGGCAAUGUUCCCAUGCAACAUUUGACAUAGGAAAAUGGAAUGUCAUGGAAUGUCAUGGAUCCUGCCAGUGAUCACAAGACCUAAUUUCUUUCUUUUAAAUAACUUUCAAUUUGCAGGAGAUGUUUUGUUUGUUGGGGUGUUUUUUGUUUUUUGUUUUGUUUGCAUUGUGACUUUUUUUCUU